AUGCUUUUGCUUGAUUACGAGAAUGUUCUUAUCCGGUCUCUGCUAACCGAGCGGUUUUCUGGAGCCCCGCCGGCGUCUGUCGACCAGAUCGUCUCCGACUUUGACGGCGUGACUUUCCAUCUAUCUACUCCGGAAACCAAGACCAAAAUUCUUAUUUCUAUCAACGUUAAAUGCUUCCGCGAAUUGGUUCAGUAUGGCGCCCAGCAGGUCCUGGAGAGGGAGUACGGUCCCUACAUUGUCGCCCCCGAGCCGGGCUACGACUUCUCCGUACAAAUCGAUCUGGAAGAGCUCCCCGAUGAUCAGGCAGCGAGAGAAGAUCUCAUUAUGCGACUUGCUUUGCUGAAGCGCAAUGCAAUGGCCGCGCCAUUCGAGAAGGCCUUUGACGAGUUCGCACAGCUGGCGGAGGAAGCAUCACGGUAUACAUCGGAGUCAGCGCCUGCCGGAGUUGCGGAGGGAGGAGAGGUCAUGGCGGUCCACUACCGGGAAGAAGAGGCAAUCUAUAUCAAGGCGAGUCACGACCGAGUGACUGUGAUCUUCAGCACAAUCUUCCGAGAGGAAACAGACCGUAUCUUUGGCAAGGUCUUUUUACAGGAAUUCGUCGAUGCUCGGCGACGUGUUUUGACGUUGCAGAAUGCGCCCCAAGUUCUUUUCCGAAACGACCGCCCGCUGGAAUUGGCAGGCGUCCCUGGACUUGAGGAUGCGGGUGACGGCCAGAUUAGUUAUAUCACUUUUGUGCUUUUUCCUCGCCAUUUGACGCCACAGCGGCGCCAUGAAAACAUCUCUCACAUUCAGACCUUCCGAGACUAUUUCCACUACCACAUUAAAGCAUCCAAGGCAUACAUCCACACCAGGAUGCGCAAGCGGACAGCCGAUUUCCUCCAGGUGCUCAACCGUGCAAGACCGGAGAACGAGGAGAGAGAGAGGAAGACUGCUAGCGGACGUAGUUUUCGAGUCCAAUAG